CUGUGAUCAUUUCUGGGUUGGGGUGUUUUGUGCUGAAGGCUCCUCUGCAGACCUGUUUCUGGAGCGAGACAGAACAGCCGGGACACAGGAGACGGGCAGAGGAAUUCCAGGUCACAAGGCGCCGCUCAGUGCUGGGAUUCAAACCUCUCACCGUCGUGAGCAUGAGAGAGAACAGGUAGAGUGUGGCAAGAGGAGGAAGACUUCGGAGAGAGGCUGACCGGGAGCGUUGUGAGUGGACCCGUGGCCUGCGGACCCCGUGAUGGGACCCUCAGUGACCUGCUGGCUGCUGCUGCUGGUUUCCACUCUGCCAGAGAAGCACUGGGUGACCGGCAGCUGCUCUGGGAAGUGCUGCCGGGGCCGGGACCUGAGCUGCCUGACCACAGGCUGGAGGCUGGACCGGGUGUACGGGACGUGCUACUGCGACGAGGACUGCACCGGGGCCAGGGACUGCUGCUUCGACUACUCCACAGAGUGUCCAGCCCGGGACUGCGCCGUGAGCGAGUGGAGCUUCUGGAGCGGCUGCGCCAAGCUGUGCCAGCCCUCCGUGCGGGUGCGCGUCCGUCACGUAGAGCAGCAGCCCAGGAACAGUGGCGAGGCCUGUCCCGGCCUGGAGCAGCGGGCCGGCUGCAGGGAGUACAGAGACCACCAGGGCGGCCACUGCGGGCACGACGCAGGUCCUGCAUUCAUCACCAGCAUGGAGUUUGGCAAGGGAAGGCCCAAACACGACAGCUACGGAAACCCCCUGGACCCUGGGUUCUGUGUGGAGUUCACGCUGGAGUCCCGGAGCCCGCACUGCACGGUGGAGAACCGGCCACACACGCACUGGAUGCGCUACAUAACAGCGGGCUUCAAAGUGUGUGUGGCCUGCGAGCCUCCCGCCAUGCGAAACAAUAGUGGCAGCUGCCAAGGAGACGGUCAGGAAUCAGACAAGGAGGCCGUCCUCCACUGGCAGGCAAUGGGGAACCCCCGGUGCAGCGGCACGUGGAGAAAGAUUCGGAAAACCCAGCAGUGCUCCUGUCCAUCACAGCACAGCUUCGUCUUCAUCUGAAGCACACGCACCACUUUGGAACAAGCCUUUCGCAGCCGGGAUGUCCCGAUCCGCUGUUCAAGUCAACAGGCCCAACAGGAAAGGGUUCACUCUGGGAGACACUCCGGAUUUGGGACUCGAUGGCGUCGUAUUCCAGUUCUGGCUCUAAUCUGCUGAACAUUCCUGCCUGUUCAGAUCACUGCACACUUCAGCAGUAACUGGACUAUACAAGAUCCACAACAUACAGAGUGGUUUAUCUUCCAUGA